GUGGUGCGAAAUCGCUUUGAGUUUCUGCGUCGUCUUCUUGUUCACCUAUGUUGUCUUUAAAGUAUAUCUCCUUUUUUGUAACAAAUAAUUGGUCUGCAGGUUUAUACUUGGAAUAAAAUUGAUUAAACAUAAAGAAAAUAUGAGCCGAGAUAGCAGAGUGUAUGUAGGAAAUCUUCCUCCUGAUGUCAGAGAAAAGGAUGUUGAAGACCUUUUUCACAAAUAUGGAGAUAUAAAAUUUGUUGAAUUGAAAAACAGGAAAGGGCCACCAUUUGCAUUUGUCGAAUUUAAUGAUUCCAGGGAUGCAGAAGAUGCAAUCAGAGGGAGGAACGGAUAUGAUUAUGAUGGUUAUCGACUUAGAGUUGAAUACCCUAGAGGCAGUGGGCCGCCAAUGCGUGGUGGCGGCCACUUUAUGGGUGGUGGCGGCGGCGGCGGUGGUGGAAGAUAUGAACCUGGUAGAGGCAGAGGAGGACCUCCAUCCAAAAGGACAAACCACAGAGUUAUGAUCUCGGGUUUGCCGCCUACUGGAAGUUGGCAAGACAUAAAAGAUCAUAUGAGAGAAGCUGGUGAUGUUUGUUAUGCAGAUGUAUUCAGGGAUGGAACUGGAAUUGUUGAAUUUGUCAACAGAGAAGAUGUGAAGUUUGCUGUCAAACAUCUGGAUGAUACCAAAUUCAAGUCUCACGAAGGAGAAGUUGCAUACAUCAGGGUCAAAGUUGACUCUUCAGCUGGUGGUGGUGGUGGUUCUAGAUCACGCUCAAGAUCCCGAUCUCGGUCCAACAGUCGAGGUCGUAGAAGCUUUGGAGCUCGUGGGGGUGGUGGUGGAGGAGGACGGUCUUCACCUUCUUACAGCCCUCGCCGUCGAUCUUAUUCUCGCUCACCAAAACGACGUCGUUCUGCGUCUUACUCUCCUCGUCGUUCUCGAUCAAGAUCUCGAUGAUUUUAAAUCAAGUUUUUAUUUUUGUAUAUCAGUACAAACUGCCCAGUUAAAGUUUGAUAGCAUGUAAAAACAUGCUGCGCAUUUUAUGAAAAUGCAAAGCAAAUUGUGUAUACAAAAUAAUUCUCGUACCAAGCUGAAUAAUAUUUUUUUGUUAAUUUGUCUAGAACUUGGAUCAUCCAUUACUGGAGAUCAUCUUGUCUAAAGAAUAUAGGAUAUCGUGAAAUGGAAUCACAUGUCUUCAAUUGGACUAGGAUACUGAAAUCCCUGGAUUUUGGAAUUUGAAUAUGAUUGUAGCAUUGGGAGGCCCGGAAGGAAUUUAUUUUAUUUGAUGUUUGUGGUUCCCUAUCCAAUCAUUCUUAUUAAUUCUAUUUUUGUUUGAAAUUGACAGAUCUUUGGAUCCUUUUUGCGAAUGGGAAUUUGCCGCUAGUUGGAUAGGAUACCAUUUCUUUGGAUGGAUUAGGAUCCACGUUUGAAAUUAUGGAAUCUGGAGAAAAAGGAUUCUUUAAACUGUGCGCAUAGGAUUUGGAUUUCUUAACGUAUUAGGAAUGAAAACAUUUUUCGAAAUUUAAGUAUUGAAGGCUUCGUUUUGGAAAUAGCAUCAUUGUUUCGGAAUUUGGAGCUUCUGUGGAAAAUGCUGGAAUUUGUUAUCAGUAGGUAUUUGGUCGCUUUGAAACUAGUGCUAAUCCCUAAGCGGUAAUUUUAAAGUUAUGGAUUUAAAAAGUAGUGUUUUUAUUUGUGAGAUUUCUAAUAAACCAACUGAGGCUG